UCUCACUCAAUCUCACAUUACACAAUUCUUCCACAAUAAUACUACCCAAAACCACUCACAGCAAGUCACAGCAAAGCCAAAUCUAACAAUUUCCAAAAAGAAACCCAUAUAAUAACACUCCACUUCCAAAUUCCAAUCCCAAAAUUCGUCUGAAUUUCCAUAUACAUAAUAUAUAUUUUUUUCCCCCAUAGAAAUGGAGACGAAGAGGAGGAAACCCCUUCUGAUUUGCUCUAUAGCGACCGCCACUAUCGUCGCUAUAGCCAUCCUCGUCGCUAUAACCCUAGCAUUCACCGUGUUCAAGCCCCGAGACCCGACCGUCACAAUCUACCUAGUGGGUCUGCGCAACCUCGGCGCCGACGAUAUACUAACGGGCCAGAACGUCACGACAGAUAUGGUGAUCGGAAUUAGCAACCAGAAUUACGCCGGUUUCAAGUUCGCUAACGCGACGAGUUUGGUGACAUUUAACGACGAGUUGGUGGUCGGCGAGGUGCCCGUGCCGGGGGGCGAGAUCCGGGCGCGUUCGGACGUGAACGUGACGACGUCGGCGGUGCUGAUGCCGGCGAAGCUGAUGCACAGCCCGGCGGCGCUUGAAGAGGUGUUUGAGAGCAAGGCACUGAAGCUGAAGGCGGCGGUGAUGUUGUACGGGACGUCGUCGUUUUGUGGGGUGAAGGUGAAGACGUCGGUGUACACGGAGUGCCAUCUCACGGUUGUGGUUGGGAAGGUGCCGAGAGGGGAGAGUUGGUGUUGGAGCAAGCUGAAAAUAAAUUAACUUUGGGAAGUGUAGGUUAGGGGGGGAAAUGGUGAUUAGUGAUCACUUGUUUUAUUUGGAUAAAUACAUUGUGUUGUUUUUUUUUUUUUUGGUAUGGUAAUAUCAAUUAGGCAUCUAUAAUUAUUGGUAUGAGCUGGUUUAUUGACAUGGUAUCGGAGCUGGUUUGGCUGAGUGGUCUCGUACGUUCGUAUCCUGACGACCCUCAACAUUAACAAUUGAUUAAACCGCAAUGUAUGGUGAGUCUAUGCAAAGUUUAGACCCCGUGAGUUGGCUUAAUAUUUGAGGGACGGGUAAGCGAAUAGCAUAUGAUCCAUAAUUAACUGUUAUAACUGCG